ACGGGGGCGGGGGGACCGAGCCGAGCUGAGCCGAGCGAGCGCCGCCGGAGCAUGCGAGCUCAAGCCCGGACACUCUUUCAAGCAAACUCCUCCGGAACAACUUGUGGACGCUUCGAAUGAAAUAGCCAACUACCCCCUCCCCCUGCCCCGCCGUCGCCGUUGUUCUUUUUCUUUUCGAUGACCUCCAGUCAAGACAUGAAGGCGGGCUCCGCGUUGCAGUCGGGCGGCGAGGACAGGCGACGACCCCCUCUGGACCGACUUCCCCCGCCGGCCAACUCCAACAAGCCGUUGACGCCUUUCAGUAUCGAGGACAUCCUCAGCAAGCCCUCGCUUAAGAAAUCUGCCACAGCUGCCGCCGUCGUAGCGUCGAGCCUCUGCCCGAACAGGCCGAGGGUCUUGGAGAAGGUGGCCGCCGCCAACGCGGCUAGGAACGGCAUCUGUACGCCGUCGUCGCCGCUGUGCGCGCUGGAGGAGUUGGCCAGCAAGACGUUCAAGGGCUUGGAGGUCAACGUCAUACAGGCCGCAGAAGGACGCGAGCACGUGAAUGCGUUCGGCCAGAGGCAGGCGUCGAAGAAGCGACGGAAGUCCCGCACGGCCUUCACCAACCAUCAAAUAUACGAGCUGGAGAAGCGUUUCCUCUACCAGAAGUACUUGUCUCCUGCCGACCGGGACCAGAUCGCCGGCCAGCUGGGUCUGUCCAACGCGCAGGUCAUCACGUGGUUCCAGAACCGGCGCGCCAAGCUUAAGCGCGACUUGGAGGAGAUGAAGGCAGACGUGGAGUCUCUGAAGAAGAUCACGCCGCAGACGCUCCACAAACUCGUCGCCAUGCAAGACGACGUCGACCGCGAGGCUGCGGUGGGUGGCCGAGGCGGCGCGGGAGGAGAGGCCGGAGAAGGGAGCUCUCCGGGCGGAUCCCCGGCCAGGAGCGCCCCCUCCUCACACCGGAUCUUCCCCCAGUCUCCCUCUUCGUCGCGCGGGCAGACCACCGAUGAGUUCUCGGAGGACGACGAGGAGAUCGAAGUGGAUGAUUGACGUCCUUCUUUUUAUGAAGAACAAGACAUUUCCCCCCUCAAAUCCCAAACUUUUGCACGGAUAUUGACAAAAAAGGAGUGUUUUUCUUCUUCUACUUCGAUAUAAUUUAUUAAGGGACUUGUAAAGAGGACUUAAUCUUUUAAUAAACGUUUGAAUAGCUCAUAUUUUUCUUUUAUCAGAUUUCUUUCUCUUUUGACAGCAGUUUGGAUGAUUGACAGAACAAGUAUUAUGGUCAUCAAAAUGA